AUGUCAACGGAAAUCAGCAGCAUCCCACCGUCAAGGUCACUGGCUGGCAAGGUGGCCAUUGUGACCGGUGCCGGAUGUGCAGGUAAAGGUAUUGGAAACGGACGGGCGAUUUCGAUCCUCCUUGCGAGCGAUGGCUGCAACGUAAUAUGUGUUGACCGCAAUGAAGAAUGGGCAACAAAGACUGUGGAGGUUGUGAAUUCCAAACCAGGUCGAGGGAAAGCGGUAGUUGCCCAAGCAGAUGUUACCAGUGCGACGGAUUGUGAGCGUGUGGUCGAUCUCGCCAUCCAGGAGUUCGGUCACCUGGACAUCUUAGUCAACAACGUCGGCAUUGGAGGUGCUGCCGGCACAGUGGUGGAAGUCGACAUGGAGCAGUGGGCGAAGGGUCUAGAGAUCAACGUCUCGAGUAUGGUACUGAUGGCCAAAUACGCUGUGCCAGCUAUGAGAAAGAACGAUGGCGAGAUCAAGGGGUCAAUAGUCAACAUGGGUAGUGUGGCUGGACUUAAAGGUGGCACGCCUCAUUUGUUGUAUCCGACGUCCAAGGGCGCGGUCGUUAAUAUGACACGAGCAAUGGCAGCACAUCAUGCCGAGGACGGGAUCAGGGUCAACUGUGUCUGUCCAGGGAUGCUUUACACACCGAUGAUGUAUGCAGGUGGAAUGAGCGAAGAGGCACGAGAAGCAAGGAAGAAGCGAAGCUUAUUAGGUACAGAAGGCACAGGCUGGGAUUGUGCUUGUGCAGUUGUAUUCUUAGCUGGGCCUCAUGCUCGAUGGAUGACUGGAGUCAUUCUUCCAGUCGAUGCCGGUGCCACUGCAGCUGUGGGCAUAGGUCUACCAAAGAGCGCCAGUGUGAACGGCUCGAAUUAG